AGCCCUCCUCAGCACUCCCCUCUGUCGCAGACGUUACGUCAUCAGUGUUGGCGGUAUUUUGAAAAAAGGAGCGUCUGUUUUUACAUCACAUGCGUUGUUGUUGUCCGUGUCGUGGAGGAAAACUGUGAAAUUUACAAAUGAUGGCUGAAGGCGGCCAGGCAGCAGCAGAGCUGUCAGAGGCCGCUCAGGGUGAGCUGAUGGACCAGUGUGAGGAUCAGUUUGCUCAGCUGGAAAAGCUUCAGAAUGAGAUUAUACUCUUUGAUUUCUGCGAGAAUCCUCAAGAUCAGGCAGUGAAUCGACUGAUGGCAACAGAAGCUGAACUAAAGCAGUGGCUGACGGUGGAGCCAAAAUUGCUGGCAUCAAAUUCAGAAGUUUUACUUAAAGCUGGAAAAGAGGAGAUGCUUAAACUGUGCUCUGAACUUGAGAUGGUUGUUUCUUGUCACAAAGCAAAGAGAGACAAACUGAGAGAAACUAAAGAACUUGAGCAGAAGUGGUUGAACGAGAAGAAACAGGCGCUCAUAGCUGCCAAUGACCAUGUCGAUCGACUUCAAAUGGAGAAGGGCAAAUUACCAGGGCACAGUGUAUUGCAUGACACCAAGGCGAAAAUCCAGAAAAUGAAGGUCUACCAGGAAAGGUUGAUGGAGUGUCUGGGCGACAUUCUGGAGAAGCACGUCCCUUGCCCUCAUCAGAAUGAACCCAGUACAAACAAGAAGAAGAAGAAGAACAUUACCCAGGAGUUAAAUGAAGACUUGAUAUCACUUAAUGAAAUUCUUGAGCUGCUCAUGAACAAGGUCCUGAAUACACCACACGACCCCUACGUGACGAUAGACAACACAUUCUGGCCACCAUACAUAGAGAUGCUGCUUCGCUAUGGCAUUGCAGUGAGGCACCAUGAGAAUAACUUCAAGAUCCGCCUGGAAACCUUUUGUUAAGGCUGUGGUGCAUUAGGCACCUCAAGCACCACUUAUCUACAAGUGUUUCUAAUUUGAGUCUGUUUGUAUAGUGCUAUCAUUAUGUAUAUAUAUGUAAGCUGAUUUGAAGAAUAACUGAUGGGAAAGCUACGAACUAGUGAUUUCCUGUUGGGUGCAUUAUAAAAUGAGUUUUUUUUUCCCAGUUAGGCUUCACAUAAGUAUUUUUUAAAAGCUGUUUUGUAUGUACAGAGUAACCAUGGAUCCUUUUUAAAAUGUCUGACAACACCUAAAUUUAUGUUUUGAAAGUAUUUAAAUGUAUUAGAAAAACAUUUUGACCUUUUUUCUAACGAAGCACUGUCAAUUUCAUGUAACAUUUUAAUACUCUAUAGGGCUAAAAGUCUUAAUUACAUAUUUCCUUUCAUCCUAUUUUCAUAGCUGUUUUCAAUGGUCAGGUUUAAUCAGCAAUGAACAGUGCAUUGUAUUUAUAAGUCUUUAAAAUAAAACUUCAAAUUCAAAAUAAAGUUCAAAGUGCUUAAAUUGUGACUUUCUGAGCCUUCACAUACCCCAGUGGUGUACUGUAUGUAUAUUUU